UACCUGUUGCAAAAAAAUGUUGACCACACGUUUAUUACCUCAUCUAUUGCCGGCAAUAUCGUAUUGCUUCGUCAUUUGGUUCGCGCCCACAUUGGCACAGCAGACAUUCAACAAACUGUGUGAUGUACAAAAUUUUGACGAUUAUUUGUCACAAACCGGCAAAGUGUACAAUGACGACAGAGAACGCCAAUAUCGGGAAUCGAUAUUUAUUGCUAAAAAAUCGGUUGUGGAUUUGACAAAUAAAUAUGCUGCUUCCGGAUUGAGCUCAUUCCGUUUAGCCAUUAACCCUUUGGCGGAUUUGACGCGUCGGGAAGUUGGCAGAUUGACGGGAUCAAGGAUCACAUUUACUGGAGAGGAAAUCACCUCUAAGCACACAAAUUUCGUCACUGCCAAGGCAAAUUUACAAAACCUGCCUGACUCAUUUGAUUGGCGCGAAAAAGGUGGCGUCACACCGCCCGGCUUUCAGGGUUUCGACUGCGGCUCAUGUUGGUCCUUCGCCACAGCUGCUGCACUCGAGGGACAUCUCUUUCGUCGCACCGGCAUACUAGUGCCGCUCUCACAACAAAAUCUCGUCGACUGCGCCGAUGAGUAUGGUAAUAUGGGUUGUGAUGGUGGUUUUCAGGAGUAUGGCUUCGAAUAUAUACGCGAUCACGGCAUCUCGAUAGCGAACAAUUACCCAUACACACAAAUGGAGAAUGCACAGUGUCAUCGCAACGAUACGGGUAAGGGUGUACAAAUACGUGACUAUGCGCGCAUUAAACCAGGCGAUGAGGAGAAAAUGAAAGAGGUCAUUGCAACGCUCGGCCCAUUAGCGUGCUCCAUCAACGGUUCGCCCAUAUCGUUUGAGCAAUACAUGGGCGGCAUAUAUGAUGAUAAUGAAUGCAAUCAAGAAGAGGUGAAUCACUCGGUUGUGGUGGUCGGCUAUGGCACUGAGAAUGGUCGCGACUAUUGGAUUAUUAAGAAUUCGUAUUCGGAGAAUUGGGGCGAAGGCGGUUUUAUGCGCAUGUUGCGGAAUGCGAAUAGUUUUUGCGGCAUUGCGAGCGAGUGCAGUUAUCCGAUAUUGUAGAGGUAGUUAAGAAAAAACAAAAAAAAGCAUUUGAGGAGGCAUGGCGCUAUUUAUAACAAAAAUAGUAUUAUAUUGUUUAAUGCAAUGAAACGAGUUCUAGCAAAAUUUUAAUCUAAGUUUAGUAAAAAAUA